GAUAUUUCAGUUUUACCGAAUGAAUAUAGUUUUCUAUUGAGUGAUCAUCUAUUAAAUUCCAAUGGAAGGAAGGUUUUGAUGGAGACAACGAUUUUAUGUUGUUCCAUUACUAUGACGACAAAAGAACAAAUGACUUGGUUGUCGCCAUUUCCAAAAUCACGGGACUAAAUGUUGGUGAUGUCUGGAAGUCAUUUGGAAACUACUUUUUCAAUUACGCUUCUAAACUAGGAUACGACCGAAUGUUACGCACUCUCGGAUUGGAUUUCUACAGUUUUGUUCAAAAUCUAGACCACUUACACUCCCUUCUGGCAUUAACCUAUAAAGGGAUGAGGCCGCCUCACUUCCGAUGUGAGAAGAAGGCUGAAAAAUUGUUUGUUCACGUGUUUACAGUGCGUCCGGCAAUGUACACAGUAGCUAUAGGAAUUUUAACAGAAGCAGCACGACAGAUUUUUGAAACUGAUAUUAAAAUAUCAGUUGUCUCUAGAAAGGCGGGAAAAAUAUUUGAACAGAAAUAUUGUGAACACGUUGUAAUGGAAGUAAAAAUUAUCGAGGACCAGAAAAUAUCUUCCUUUUUUGUAGACGACCAAGCAAUGAAGAAUCAUGCACAAAACAAACAUAAGCAACUCUCGCAUGCCCCGUACAAUAAUAUGGUAACGGUUUCAGAAAUCAGUUUGGGUACAGCUAUGCCGUUCAGUGUUGUUUUUGACAGAAACAUGUACAUUCAAAGUGCAGGCUUGCACUUGAAAACUUUAUGUAGUGAAUUUCAACAAGAGGGAACAAAAAUAAACGACAUUUUUGAGAUAAAGGAACCAGGUAUUAAAUUUGAAUAUGACGCCAUUAUGAGCUGUAACAGUUCAUAUAUGUAUUUUUUCUUGCAACCAAAAAUAAAAGAUAUCAACGGAUCCUUAAAGGAAUCAGACUGUCCUGUUCUCAAGGGUCAUAUGAUUCCCUUGGGGGGAAAGGAAGAGCUAAUGUUUAUUGGUAGCCCUCACUUUGAUGGCGUCAGGGAUCUUGUUUGCUCCAAAACUUAUCUUAAAAACAUUACACAGGACAAAUUGACCAUAGAAAUCAUUUUAAUGAAUGAACAACGUCAAGCAGAUAUUGAAAUAAGUAAGAAGUUAGACCAAACCACAGCUGACAUGAAGAAACUAGCGGCGGCUCUUGACCAGGAGAAGAAGAAGACAGACAUGUUGCUGAAUCAGAUGCUUCCGGUGAAAGUAGCCAAUCAGCUUAGAGAGGGCCGGACCGUGGAAGCAGAAAAACACGAAAAUGUGACCAUUCUUUUCAGCGACAUAGUUGCUUUCACGACCAUGGCAGCAUUGUGCCAUCCUAUGGACAUAGUUAAACUUCUGAAUGGUUUGUUUCAACGGUUUGAUCAGCUCACGACAAAACACGACAUUUAUAAAGUGGAAACAAUUGGUGACGCCUACAUGGUUGUAUCAGGAGUUCCGGAAGCCAGAGAUGACCAUGCCAUCAGGGUGUCAAAUAUGGGCCUUGAUAUGAUUCAAGAGGCUUGUCACGUGAUCAAUCCUGUAUCGGGAAAAUGCAUCCAGAUCAGAGUGGGCAUCCAUACUGGACCAGUUGUAUCGGGAGUGGUGGGCACAAAGAUGCCAAGAUACUGUCUCUUUGGUGACACCGUAAACACAGCAUCGCGCAUGGAAAGUCAUGGACUUCCGGGUCGGGUUCAUAUCAGUGAUACUACAUACAAUCUAAUUCGACGUAUUGGUUAUAUUUUCGAGCGACGAGAAGGCAUAGCUAUAAAAGGGAAAGGAAUGAUGGACACAUACUUUAUGAAUGGAGUAUCGAACGAUUUUGACCCGAGUCGUAACAAUUAUUUUUCGAAUGACCACCAGGCGACGCCUCAACCUAUCCAAGUCGAGGGGAAUCCAUCAUCUCCAACCAGACCACAAUAUACACAAAGCGGAGCUACACUUGAAUUAUCCUUGUUUUGCUCUGUAAUUUAAUCUCUGACUUAUCACAUCUUUCAUAGUUCCAUCUUUCUUGCUUUUAUCAUUGCUCCAAUUUUUACAUGUCUUCAAGAUUGAUAUCAAUGUAACUUCUUUGAUGAAAUAACCAACAGUUGAAUACCUAUAUAUAAAAGAGAUAUUAAUCUUUAAAAUGGAAAAAAUGCAAAACAAAUGUAUUAAGAUAUUAAAAACAAUGUUGGCGCAGAAAUAGGUUAUUUCAAACAAAUAAUAUAUUUGGGGUAAAAAAUUUGAUUUGAAUGAAAACAAAUAAACUUUAAGCAAUAUCAACAUCUAAGUAAUUAAAAAUAAAGUAUCCAUAUUUAUAAGUGAUAAAAAAGAAAGAGCCUAGAGAGAGAGAGAGAGAGAGAGAGAGAGAGAGAGAGAGAGUUUUUCAAGAUUAUCCUCUAACUAAGGUAUUUCCAAAUAUGAAUCGUUAAUAAUUACUUUUUUUAUGAGUGACCAAAAGGAUGAAAAAAACCAGUGGUUUUAAAAAAAUAUUCAAAUACCCACUUUUUUUUUUACAAUUCCAAUUUAGUUGUUGUUGCAUAUAAAUAACCCUUAGUUUAGCUUAACAUUUUUUAAUUUUGUAUCUGUUGUAUCUAUAAUGGAAAAUGCGAUGGUUUAAGUAGUAAAGCAUCCACUAUUUUAAAUGGUUUAGCCAGUUAAUCCAGUGAACCCAGUAGUAAAAUUCAGGAGAAGAAUGUAGUUUGAGAAUACUCUUCAAACAUCAUUUACUAACUCUGAACCAAUCUAUCAUAGCUGUUAAGCCAUGAGCAUUGGGAAAAACAUGCAUUAUUCAUUAUGUGUUAGAAUGAGAUUCAAAAAAUCAACAUAGAUCGUUCAAAAAUGUUUAUACAAUUUCUGUAAAUAUCAAAGGUUCGCACAUGCACUAGUGCAAACACAGAUAAUAUAAAAUAUAACGAUAUCGUAAUUGAUGAAGUGCUGAAAUGUGUUAGCCGUGAAUAUUUAAGUAACAUGCAUUAUUAAUGAUACAAUUCAACGAAAUUCAACAAAUCUUCAUAAAUCGUUUAAAAAUCUUAAUGAAUGAUUUGUAAAUAUCAAAAGUUUACGCAUAUCCAUUGUUCAAAUACAUAUAAUAUAAAUUAAAUUCAUCAAUAUUUUAUUUUUGGGGCGGUUUUUGGUAAGGGCGGAGAAAACGGAUAUAUAUUUUGAUAAAAAGUCGCGGACAAUUUGUGGCGCCAUACAAAAUGUGAAGAUUUUGUUAAAAUAAAGGCGGACAUAAUGCGAAGGCGAACAAAACCUGACUCAACAACGCAGGUCUGGAAUUUAUACUAAAGUUAAGUCUAAAACUUAAAACUUUUGAUGAAACAGGUCCUAGGAUAAGAUUUUCUAUCUUAAACUUUAAUGCUGGGCAACUUGGUAUCAUAAUAUUUGACAUGUUUAAUGUUUAGUGCGAUAAGACACGCCGAUAAGGUUCUUUGUUAAUACUUCUUUCUGUUUUCUGAAUCAUUAUUUACUUUCUUCACUAUUUGUAAUGAAAUCGAUUGUGUUACCUAAAGCCAGGAAACCCAAUACUCCUUUUUGAAGCUACUAAUUUGAAUAAAUCAAUGUGUGUUUUUAGUAUUUUAUAUUACUUUUUAAAAAUGUUUUUAAAUAUAAUUCUAAAAACAUUAAAUUUAUUUAAAUACCUAUA